UAAGAAGCGAUCUGCAGUACAACAGCCCACCAAUGAUGGAUGUUGGAUUGAGUGGUUCUCUUCCAUUUCAUAGACGACAGUCAGGGUGGACUGGGGUAAUCGUGACUGCAGGAAGUUGACUAGGUUGACUUCCAGUUUCUGCCGACUGUCAAUGUAUGCAUCCAUUACGAAAACCCACUUCCUUAUCGACUUUUUGUCAACGGCGUAUGCUUCCUAUCUAUGCCCCAGAUCAGAUUAUUAUCAUCUUUUAAAACAUGCCGGUCACCAUGAUGUCUGCGAGUUCGGAGCUGCAGGGUUUCUCCAGUCUUUUUUCGUCGACUAUAUCAGUCUAGGGUUGUCCUUCCCCAGAAUUUCUGUAUCAGACACAAUCGGAUAUUUUACAAAAAGGCUAUUCACAAAUCCCGUGACUGACUUGAAUUGAGACUUGAUUGAGAUUGAGGAUAAAGUCCGAUUGACCCUUGGUGUUGACCUCUCGGUCUGUAUCCUUCAUGGCCUCUGGAGAGGCCAAGUUUGUUGCGCCUCUGUCGCAGGGGUUUGGAUAUGGAAUUAUCAUCGGGUUGGGGUUUGCUUUUGCGCUGGUGAUGAUCUUUAUUACUUGGGCUCUCAAAAGGUACCAACAUGAAGUCCAAACAUCCGAAAUGUUUUCAACGGCUGGAAGAUCCGUCAAGUCUGGUCUAGUCGCUGCUGCGGUCGUGAGUAGUUGGACCUGGGCUGCGACUCUCCUGCAAUCUACUGCUGUGGCAUAUAAAUAUGGUGUUUCGGGUCCAUUCUUUUACGCAUCAGGUGCAUGUGUACAAAUCAUCCUAUUCGCAACCCUAGCCAUUGAGCUUAAAAGACGAGCUCCCAACGCGCAUACCUUCCUCGAAGCCAUCCACGCUCGAUACGGACACACUGUCCACGGCGUCUUCAUCGUAUUCUGCCUCAUGACAAACAUCCUCGUUACAGCAAUGCUGCUCACUGGUGGUUCCGCCGUUCUGACAUCCUUGACUGGAGUGCAUACAGCUGCAGCCUGUUUCCUCCUUCCCAUCGGUGUGGUGCUUUAUACUCUCUUCGGUGGUAUCAAGGCUACGUUUAUCACGGAUUAUAUGCAUACAGUGGUUAUUAUCGUUAUUGUUUUUCUUUUUGCAUUUUCUGCUUACGCUACGAAUGCGGAGCUUGGAUCGCCUGGAAAGGUGUACGAUGCGUUGGUUGCGGCCUCGAAGCGUCACCCCGUUGAUGGCAACGCUGAGGGAAGCUAUCUUACUAUGAGAUCGAGAGAGGGUGGGAUUUUCUGGAUUAUUAACCUCAUUGGUAACUUUGGCACUGUUUUCCUUGACAAUGGAUACUACAACAAAGCUAUUGCCGCAAGCCCAGUUCACGCCUUUCCCGGAUAUGUCAUUGGAGGUCUCUGCUGGUUCGCCAUUCCCUGGCUUUGCGCCAGCACCAUGGGAAUAUCAGCCCUGGCCUUGGAGGGCUCUCAACGUAUGAGCGCAGACGACGUUACCGCUGGACUUGUGCUGCCAUUUGCUGCAGUCAAGCUACUAGGCUACAGCGGAGCUGUCGCUACGACGCUCAUGAUCUUCAUGGCUGUCACAUCAGCUUUCUCUGCCCAGCUGAUCGCCGUCUCUUCGAUCUUCACCUAUGACAUCUACCAAGCCUACAUCGACCCAUCUGCCAAGGGCAAGAAGCUUGUCUGGGUCUCCCACAUGUCUUGUGUUGUUUACGCGAUCAUCAUGGCUGGGUUUGCGACAGGAUUGUUCUAUGCUGGAAUCGGCAUGGGAUAUCUUUACCUUCUCAUGGGUGUUAUCAUCUCUUCUGCCGUAUUCCCUGGUGCCAUGUCUCUUCUUUGGAAGCAACAGAAUUGGAUUGCCGCUGCUGUUUCUCCUCCUUUGGGUCUUGCCGUGUCACUCAUCGCUUGGCUGGUGACUACGAAGAAGCAAUACGGUGAAUUGACAGUCACAAGCACUGGCGAAAACUACCCCAUGCUCGCAGGCAACGUAGCAGCCCUCCUCAGCCCAGUCAUCUUCUCCCCCCUCCUAACCUACCUCCUCGGCCCCCAAAAUUACGACUACAAAUCCAUGGCAGCAAUCCGCAAAGUCGACGACACCGAAGUCGCAGCCGAAGCCCACGUCGACAUCGAACUCAUCCCCGGCGAAGCAGACCACGCCACAUCCGCACAAGCCGAGGAAGAAGAACGCCAACUCAACCGCGCAGCGCUAUACUCACGCACUCUCACCAUCGCCAUGGUACUGUGCUUCAUCAUACUCUGGCCGAUCCCCAUGUACGGCUCUUCGUAUGUGUUCAGCAAACAGUUCUACACGGGCUGGGUGGUUGUGGGUAUUAUCUGGCUUUUCUGUACGACGUUUGGGGUUGUCGUUUUCCCGCUGUAUGAAGGACGAGAGAGCAUUAUUCGGGUUGCGAGGUUGAUGUCGCUUGAUUUGAUGGGGAAGAAGAAGGCGGCGCUUGAUGGGAGGGGGUCGGCUGAGGAUACGCCUAUGCCUUCGGGUGCUGUGACUCCAAUGGAGAAGGUUGGGGAGCAGCCCAAGUAAUGUGAUGAUUUGUUGUUCUGUUUCCUGUUUAUACCCCAGCCUUGCUUACAUUAAUCAAUAAGAUAAGGAUUUGAAAUAUCUUUCGCGGUACAUCCAUUUUAAUUAAAAAAGGCUCAUCUUAACCCUCGAGGUAUCUAGGCAACACAACACCACACAGCAAAUAAACAAAUAAACAAAACUGAAAACAUCGAAAAGAAGCAAACCCACUAGCUCCCCACUCCUCACUUAUACCCAUAAUUCGGAGGCGGGGCCUGUCCCUGUUCCUGUCCUUGAGGCAGCGCUCCAUGCGCAUACACCUGCGGAGGCGGCUGUGGACGACCAGGUACUACACC